AGUCAGUCAAGCAAUCAUUCAUUCAUUCAUGCGUAGACUGUUCAGAUAAGACGAGGGCCGACGGCCUCUCUCGGCUCUACGAGUCUGCGUGAGGAACUCCAUCUCCAUAUAAGAACGAGGGCGUCACGCUCUAGCGCAGCUCGCAGCAGGAACGAACGAUACUGAUCUAGUGCUCGCGGUCAUGUGGAGGCUGAAGGUUAGUGAAGGUGGCGGGCCGUGGCUGCGGACGGAGAACGGCUUCCUCGGCAGGCAGGUGUGGGAGUUCGACGCCGACGCCGGCACGCCGGAGGAGCGCGCCGAGGUGGAGAGGCUUCGCCAGGAGUUCACCCGCCACCGCUUCCAGAGGAAAGAGUCCCAGGACCUCCUACUGCGCAUGCAGUAUGCAAAAUCAAGCCAACGAUUAAGCCCUUCAACUCCAUCGAUGAAGCUUGAAAACAGUGAAGAAGUGACUGAAGAAAUAAUACUAACUUCGUUACGGCGAGCUUUAAGUCAACAGUCUAUUUUACAAGCACAUGACGGUCAUUGGCCUGGAGAUUACAGUGGAUUUCUGGUUAUUAUGCCAAUGUUUAUAUUCUCUCUAUAUGUUACUGGAUCAAUUAAUACAAUCAUAUCACCGGAACAUCGGCACGAGAUAUUGCGCUACAUUUACAAUCAUCAGAAUGAAGAUGGCGGUUGGAGCACGCAUGUUCUAACGACAAGCACCAUGCUAGGAUCAUGCUUGAACUAUGCAGCCUUGAGGCUUCUCGGCGAGGUGGCACAUAGGGAGGAAGAUGCUUUGUCAAAAGGACGGGCCUGGAUUUUAUCCCAUGGAAGUGCAGCUGCGCUACCACAAUGGGGAAAGAUAUGGCUCUCUAUAAUUGGUGCUUAUGAUUGGUCAGGAAAUAAUCCAAUUAUCCCUGAAUUGUGGAUGGUGCCAUAUGCUCUUCCAAUACAUCCAGGACGAUUCUAUUGUUUUUUUCGGUUGGUAUAUAUGCCAAUGGCGUAUCUUUAUGGAAAGAAAUUUGUUGGGCCGAUUACUCCAACUGUAUUGGCAUUAAGGGAGGAGCUUUACAACAUCCCAUAUGGUAAUAUUAAUUGGAAAGAAGCUCGUCGUUCUUGUUCCAAGGAAGAUCUUCUCUAUCCAUACUCACAAGUGAAAAAUAUUAUUUUUACUUGUCUCAACAAGUUUGUGGAGCCAAUGUUAAAUUGUUGGCCAAUUAACAAACUCAGAGAGAGAGCUCUACAUAACCUCAUGGAACAUAUACAUUAUGAAGAUGAAACUACUAAAUAUAUUUGCCUUUGUCCUGUUAACAAGGCACUUAAUAUGAUUUGCUGUUGGGUAGAAAAUCCAAAUUCAAAUGCAUUCAAGCAACAUCUUCCAAGGAUCUAUGAUUACUUUUGGCUUGCAGAAGACGGCAUGAAAGCACAGGUUUACAAUGGCUGCCAAAGCUGGGAGACGAUUCUGACAGUUUACGCCUUUUGCUCAACUAAUCUUAUUGAUGAGUUUGGUUCAACUAUAGAAAGAGCACAUGAAUAUAUAAAAAGAUCACAGGUUCUUAAAGAUCAACCAAAUUAUCAAAGUUAUUACCGCCAAAGGUCAAAAGGCUCGUGGACUCUUUCAACAGUAGAUAGUACUUGGAAUUCACCAGAUAUUACUGCAGAAGCUCUUAAGGUAUUAAUGUUGUUAUCAAAGAUUUCUCCUAACCUUGUUGGCAAUCCGAUAGAAGAACAAAAGUUGUAUGAUGCCGUUGACUGCAUCCUUUAUUCUAUGAAUGAAGGUGGAACCUUUUCUUCAUAUGAAUGUCAAAGGACAGCUUCUUGGUUAGAGAUUAUCAACCCUUGCGAGAAUUUUAUGAAUAUUGUCGUCGAUUAUCCAUAUGUUGAAUGUACAUCAUCAGUGCUAGAAGCUUUUAUAUUUUUCAAAGAGCUAUAUCCUUCCUACCGUACCAAAGAGAUAGAUAAAUGCAUAAACAAUGCUGCCAUGUUUAUUGAGAACAAACAAAGGAAGGAUGGUUCAUGGUAUGGCACAUGGGGUAUAUGUUUCAUCUGUGGAACCUUUUUUGCAAUAAAAGGAUUAGUAGCUACUGGAAGAACGUAUGAUACUAGUUCUUCCAUAAGGCAAGCAUGCAACUUUUUGUUGUCAAAACAACAAGCUACAGGUGGAUGGGGGGAAAGCUACCUUUCUAGUGAAAUAGGGGUACCCUUUCUUUCCAUGUCUUCUAAUGGUAAUUAUAUUAAUGGAAAUACCCAUGUAGUGAACACUGCUUGGGCGAUGCUGUCGUUGAUAUAUGCUGGACAGGUUGAGCGAGAUCCCAUACCACUGUACCAAGCGGCAAGAGAAUUAAUUAACAUGCAACUAGACACAGGAGACUUUCCCCAACAGUUCAAAGGAUGUAGAGUGAACUUGGACUAAGGCAUUGAGGAAGCAACACCUCAAAAAAAGAUAUUAGAUGACUCAUUAAAGACUUACCAACAUCAAGCGAAGUCCAAGACACAAGACAAGAAAAGCCCAAGUGAAGAAACUUUAAGGAUAGAAGACUGGGUUGUUUCUGUGUGCACCAGACCAUCCGAUGAUACACUGGACCAAGGCACUAGACCAAUCAUGUAGAGAGCAUGUAUUCAGCAUCCGAGCCUCCUGGAACACGAGACUGAGUCUGGUGUACACCGGCGGCACGUCGGACCCUAGAGGCUCAACGACCGGCAAUGGCUAGCUCUAACGGUUUUUUGACGUGGUAGGCACUAGAUCAUAUGGUGCACAUCGGACCUCUAAUGAGGAAUGGAGAGUCUACCAUAUAGUAACAUUUAGGUGACAUGGAAGGGCAUCAAACCAGGUCUAGUUUACAUGGAUGGUGCACCGGACCGGUCUGGUGUGACGCAGAAAAGUCUGCUUCCUUCCAACAGCUUUUUUGGGCUUGGGUAUAUAUAGCCACCCACCCGACCAUUUGAGUUUGUGGAGAGUGGAGCCACAUUAUGUACAAGUUAAUACACCAUUCCAUAGCUCUUAGACACCGAAGUGCUAAGAGUGUCACUUGGUUAUUUGCAUA